AUGCAAUAUCUUUCCAUCAUCACUGCUUUAUUGCCUUUCCUGCUCUUCGCAGUUCAAGCUGAAGAUGGAUGCGACCCCGGCUGGCGCGCCGUAGAAGAUCCUGCUGGUUCCGGUAACUUCGUUUGCGAGAUGGACGUCAUUCAAUGCCUCGGAGGCCCUGACAGAGGCUAUGUGAACGCCGAAACAAAUGCCCACCAUUGUUGCGGGCCAACUCAAGAGUUGGUCAUCUAUAACCAGCAGAGUCGUGUCGGCGUGUGCUGUGGUGUUGACCAGAACUACGCGGGAAUCGCUCCCAACGGGAAGUGCUGUCCUAAAGGCCAAGUCUUGGCCACCGACGGCACGUGCACCAACCCUACCAACGGCAACUGCCCGUCUUGCCCGAAUCAACCAGUUGGUGUUUGCCGGCUUCAACGCGCCUGUGGAGAUGCUACGACGACAAACGGAUUGAAAUACGGAAGCUGCUACCAGAUGACUUUCCCCAACUCCGACGGGAACCAACUGGGUAGGGAACCCGGCGGUGCAUAUAUCUCGGAGGGACAUAUCCAAAACGUAAUUUACAAGAUCUGCCAGACUGCAGCUGCCUGUGGUACCGGUCCUGUCAAGCCUACCGAUGCUUUCGUCAUCCAAGAUACAGUUGGCCCUGAACAAGACCCGAACGGCGCAACGAGCUGGAUUGGUAACGCAGCCAAUGGUGCAGCAAUAUCAAUGGUUACCGCUGCCGCCAACGCUGCUCAAUUCCACGGAACCACCUCCUGCUCUAAAUGCACGUGUGUCGUCUCGCUCACUGGUGUCGGCAAGGGAUUAGGCUACAUCGGAGCCGAUACGCAACCCCAGAUCGCCUUCUUCGCCAACCCAAGGGUUGCGUUGGAUAUGGAAUUCGCCGAAAUGCCUUGCGAUGGAGUCUUCAAUUUUCCUUAG